AUGAGAGCGCUGCUGUGGUGCGCCUUGGUUGCGAUAUGGGAGGUGACGUGGGGGCAGCUGCGCUACUCGGUGCUGGAGGAGAUGCAGAAGGGCUCCUUCGUGGGCGACGUGGCCAAGGACCUGGGGCUGGAGCUCUCGGCGCUUCGCAACCGGAGCGUACGCAUACUUUCAGAAGGUAGGAAGCAAUAUUUUUCUCUUCACGAAAAGACCGGCCAUUUAGUGACGGUGGAACGGAUAGAUAGGGAGCGGGUCUGCGAGAGGAUGCAGAUGUGUCUGAUAAAUCUAGAAAUCUUGGUAGAAUCCUAUAUGAAGAUCUUCAAAGUGGAGAUAGAAAUCACUGACCUGAAUGACAAUGCUCCCAAGUUUCACCAAGAUAAACUGCAGUUUCGAAUCAGUGAAACAGCAGCUGUGGGAAUGCGGUUCCCGCUGGAAGAAGCACAAGACGAGGACGUGGGGCUGAAUGCACUGCAACGCUACGAGCUGAGCGGAGACGAGCAUUUCGCUCUAGAUGUGCAGACGGGACCGGACGGCUCGAAGAACGCGGAGUUAGUGCUGACGAAGGCACUGGACCGCGAGGAAGCCGCCUUGCAUGAGUUGGUGUUGACGGCGGUGGACGGCGGGAAUCCAGCGCGGACAGGCACGGCGUGGAUCCGCGUGGUCGUGUUGGACGCGAAUGACAACGCGCCGGUUUUCAGCCAGGCGGUGUACACGGUGCACGUGCGGGAAGACGUGCCCAUUGGGUCGCGGCUGCUCACCGUGAACGCGACGGAUGCAGACGAGGACACAAACGCGGAAGUGACUUAUUCCUUGCGCAGAAUGCCUGGUGGAGCGUCGCGCCUCUUCCAGGUGAAUCCACGAACUGGAGACAUUACUACGGCAGGAACAUUGGACUAUGAGGAAGUGUCUCUCUAUGAGCUGGAGGUGCAGGCGAAGGAUGGCGGGGACCUAUUAGCGAGAGCAAAGGUCCUGGUGAACCUGAUGGACGUCAAUGACAACGUACCUGAAAUCAUCGUGACGUCCGUCGUGAGUUCUGUUUUCGAGGACAGCCCCUCGGGGACUAUAAUCGCUUUGUUAAAAGUUAAAGACGAAGAUUCAGGGGCGGGUGGGAAAGUGACGAUGUCCCUCCCCGACACACUGCCCUUCCGCUUGCACAAAUCCUUCGAGGACUAUUACAGAGUGGAGACGUCGAGGGAGUUGGACCGCGAGGCGGUGUCGGAGUACAACGUGACGGUGCGGGCGACGGACGGCGGGUCGCCGGCGCUGUGGAGCAGCGCGGUGCUGCCGCUGCGCGUGCUGGACGUGAACGACAACGCGCCGGUGUUCGCGGAGGCGCGCUACAGCGCCCGUGUGCCCGAGAACAACGCCAAGGGCGCGCUGGUGCUGCGGGUCGCCGACUCGCGCAAGAGCCAGCUCGGCUGUCCGGGCGGCAGCUGCUGCAACACCCUCCCGGCCGCGCCGCCGCCCGACAAAGGCGCGCCGCUGCUGCUGCCUGAGGAGCCCGCGAGCGCCCGCGGCGACGCCCACAGCGGAGACGCCCUCCUGCGCUUCUCCGUGGGCGGCGCCGCCUUCCCGGCCGACUUCUGCGAGGGCACCUUGCCCUACUCGUACAACCUGUGCGUGGCGCCGGCACGCGCCGUGGCCGAGUGCGCUUUGGUGCCGGCGCCGCUGCCCAGCCGCGCCGUCGACGAUCUUCUCAGCGGGGACGCGCCCGCCAUGCUCACGCCCGGCAGCAGCUGUGCCCCRGCAGAGCCGUCCUCGGACCUCAACGCCGUGGAGGAGGCCAAAACUGAAGAAGUUCUGGAAACAGGGAAUUAUGUGUCUGUUGGUCUCAGAUCUCCAACGAGUGUGCCAAGCAAGGCCAAGUGGUUUGUCAAGUGGUACCCAGGACUGGAUUUGUAG